AUGAAUAAUUUAAAAUCCAAAAAUUCUGCUCCCUUAGACAAACCAUAAAAAUAUCCUAAUUCAGACAUUUUAACUAUUCCUAUGCAUAAAAUGAGAAUGGAUAUCAAUAACAAUAAUAACAACAGGUUAAAUUCACAAUAAUCAUCUAAAAAUUUAGAAAUACUAAGAUAGAGUCAUUAAAGCAGCACUAGCAAUUUAAGACUUGAUAAUUCCCACAACAAAUCAAGCGAAAAUUUAAUAACCAAAACUCCUACUAGAACUAAGGUUUGCACUUUCAUUGAUAAAAUACCUUAGUAAUUAUAAAAUAAUUUCUCAUUAAGUCCUCACAGUGUUUUGUAGAAGCCAUUAAUGAAAUAAGAAGAUGAUUAACAAAAUAUUAUAAGUUUUUGUCAUUAGAAAUCAAAUCUAGUCAUAGAUCAUAGGAAAGAAUAAUUAAUUUUGCAAUUACAAUAAGCUUAACAAUUAUUAAUAUAAAAGGAUUAAGAAAACUAAAAACUUUAAGAAAUUAAUAAUAGAUUAUACGAUGAAAAUUAAAAGUUAUUUAAUUAAGGUGAAGAUAUGCUCAAGGAUAUAGAAACUAUGAGAUAGAAUUUCGAUUAGUAAAAUAAUGAAUAUAUGAUGCUGAAAUAAUAAAAUUAAUAAUUAAUAGAGGAUGUAAGAUUGAUAUAAAAUGAAAGAAAUUAAACUUAAUCUCACAGUGAUUAGAUUUUGAAUCAUAAAAAUUAUGAAAUAUAAUAACUUUAAAGAGAGUUAAAAGAAUAUUAGCAAUUACUAUAAAAUAAGGAUCAAACAAUUUCUAAUUUAAAAUAAUAACUUGAUAAUCUAAAAUAAUAGGAAAUUGCAAGAUAACAUGUAAAUUAAUAUUAAAAAAACUCUGAAAAAUCCUAUCUUAAUAACAUUAAUUAAUAAAUAGAAACUGCAUAGAAAUUUCAAUAGUAAGACUUAAAUUAUAAAGGAGCUUAAAUGGAAUCAGAAAUUUAAUAAUACCAGGCAUAGUUAGAAUUCAUAACAUCUGAGAAAGAAAUUUGUGAAUAAAAAUUGGUAGACUUGUAAACAAUAAUUAAUUAAUUUGCGUUAAAUGAAAAAUAAUAAAAUAUGACUUCCAAUUCAAAUGGAAAUGUAAUUUAUUAAAAAUAAUCAAACAAAUUGAAAUAAAUAGUUCAAAUUUAAAAAAAACAAAUUGAAUCUUAAUAAAAGACAAUCAUGAAUCAGCAUUAUGAGAUUUAAAAUCUUUAAAAUUUACUUUAUUCUAUUGAAUAGGAUAGCUAAUCUUAAAAAAAUAGUAACAUUUUCUAUGAAAAAAUUUCCAUUUAAUAACUAAAUAUUUCUGAUACUGGUGAGAAGGAAACAAAUUUGAGAGAACCCAUAGUUACAAAAGGGUUUUAGGGCAUUUUGCUUAAAUAACAACAAGGGCCAAAUAUUGUUAUGGAGGAUACUUUUAGAAAUAUGUAAAAACAAUAAGACCUAUUCAAUUCUACUAAUGAUUAAUGA